CAAGGCUUUAUUCGUUGAUGUUUGAUAGUUCCGUGUAUGUAUGUGUUUUUUGUUUUGGUUUUUAGUGCAGUUACUGUAGCUCGAUAUGAACCAUUACCUCCGAUUUCGUUGAAUUUCCAUAGAUUUGCAUGAAAAUUGGUUUUAUAUGAGAAUAUAAAAAUUGUGAGGAUAUAGAGAAUUACUGUGUAUUUUUUGGCUUGUAAAAUGUGGCUCAUCCUAAUUUUUAUAGCCCUCAUGUUACUAAUAUAUAAGGGACAAAAUUCAUUAAACUACUGGAGGGAUAGAGGCGUUAAGCAAAUGUCAAUUUAUACUUUUAUAAAAGGAAAUAUUAAAUUUUUUCUGAAAAAAGAUAGUAUGGCAGAAAAUAUUAUGGACACCUAUAAAUCAUUUACAAAUUGUAGAUAUGCUGGUGUUUAUCAAUUUACGUUGCCAGUCUUAAUGAUUAGAGACCCAGAGUUACUUAAGGAAUUAACCGUUAAAAGUUUUGAACACUUUACGGACCAUUUCAAUAUUAUAACUGAAGAAAUUGAACCUUUAUGGGCAAAAAAUUUGUUUGUUUUGAAAGGUCAAAAAUGGAGGUCAAUGCGACAAGUUUUGAGCCCUUCGUUCACGAGCAGCAAAAUGAAAAUAUUAUUUAAACUUAUUUCAGAGUGUGCACAAAAUUUCACCAGACAUUUUCUAGAAAAUGAACAAGAUGUCGUGGAAAUAGAACUUAAAGAUACUUUUACCAGAUUCACCAACGAUGUUAUUGCCACUUCUGCAUUUGGUAUACAAACAGAUUCCCUUAAAAACAAAGAAAAUGAAUUUUAUGUCAUGGGUAAACGUUUAACGUCGUUUACAGGAGGAUUUCUAACAAUGCUUAGGUUUUUUUUACUUGUCUUGUGUCCGAAAAUGUAUAAGUUUUUAAAAUUGGGUAUUUUCAAACCUGAAGUAAAAUCAUUCUUUAUAAAUCUGGUAAAUGACAACAUAAAAGAAAGGAAAGAAAAAGGUAUUGUACGUCCAGAUAUGCUUCAUUUAUUAUUAGAAGCACAAAAGGGUGUUGUACUUAAAGAAGAAAUCAUAACCGAUAACAGUUUUGCUGUCCAAGAGGAAUCUACUUCAGAAGAAACUGGUAUACCUAAACAUGUCAACAAAUUAACCGACGAAGACAUCACUUCUCAAGCACUGAUUUUUUUCUUUGCGGGAUUUGAUACAGUUGCCACCCUUAUGUGCUUCAUGGGGUAUGAACUAGCUAUUCAUCCUGAUACUCAAACAAAGCUUAGGAAUGAAAUACAAGAAACACUAGACGAGUAUCAAGGACAGUUAACGUAUGAAGUUUUACUCAAAAUGAAGUAUUUGGAUAUGGUCGUAUCAGAAUCCUUGAGAAAAUGGCCAGCAAACGUAGUAGUUGAUCGAGAGUGCACAAAAGAUUACACAAUUCAACCAAAACUACCCGGGGAAGUAGCUCUUCACCUACCAGAAAAAUCUUCCGUGUGGUUACCAAUAAUUGGAAUUCAUCGUGAUCCAGAGUUCUACCCAGAUCCCGAAAAGUUUGAUCCGGAGCGAUUCAGCGAUGAAAAUAAGCACAAAAUUAACCCUUACGCGUACUUACCCUUUGGGUUGGGUCCUAGAAAUUGUAUUGGGUCAAGAUUUGCUUUGCUGGAAAUUAAAAUAGUGUUCUUUCAUCUCUUGCAAAACUUUGAAUUAGUACCGACUACAAAGUCCCAAAUUCCACUUAAGAUUUCCAGGCAGAGUUUUACUUUAAAUGCUGAAGGCGGUUUUUGGUUUGGACUAAAACGACUCCAGAAUUAACUUAGUAAGAGGUUAGUAAGUGGUUACAUCAGCGUGCCAUCAAUAUUAAUUAGAGAGAUAGUAGCAGAUCUUUGGCAACAGUGCGUCGGCAGUACAUAACACUAUCAAAGACGAAGGAAUAAUAUUGUAAUAAUAAUAAUAUACAUCAUGAUGACGGCGACUGUGUUGCCAAAUCAGUCAGUUAAGUUUGGAUUUUUGUUAUAGAUAUUCGAUUUUAGAAGUCUAGGCAUGAAAUAAAAAAGUUUAUUUGACGAAAGUGUUUUUUGUUCUUCCUCUUAAUGGCGUUACAGACUGGUUUUUGGAAUAUUAUAUUGAAUUAUAGAAAAAUUUUCAUAUAAAUAUAUUUCUCAAACUGGACUCUGUACCGCCAUUCUUUACUUUAUUACGUAAUAUAUUUACCAACUAACUUGACAAAAUUAUCAAAAUUAAAGCUGCAAUCUUGGAACGCGUUUUCCGUCUUGAUGAUGCUCUGAUGUAGCCUCUUAAUAACUUUAAUUUAUUAUUGUUUCUAAUGCUUACUUAGUCCAUUGAAAUGUUACAUUUUAGGGCAGAGCUUGCAUUUGUUAGAGGAGUCAAUUUUAUUUUUUUUUAAUGUAUAGGGGUGAUCAGUAGAAGCUUAAGUUCAAGUUUUUGGGGUCGCCACCCUUGUCCCCGGCCGCCAUCUUGGAAAAGGGGUUUAAAAGGGUUUCGCGCUAUAUCUCGUAAACUAUCAACCCUACAGAAAAUCUAAUAAAACAUAAAAUGUAGCAAAUAAGAUUUUCUACAAUUUUGUUGCUAUUACGUUUUAUCGUCAAGUGACCAAGAAAAAAGAUAUAAACAAAAAUAAGUAAAUAUUUUUUAACAAAUUUCCUUUUGCAGGUUUUAGCUUUUUUUUAGUUCAGUUUACAAUAAAAUAACAUUAUAAUAAUUUUUUCUACGAGCGUGCGAAAAUGUCUACUUUCGCGCACGCAUUUUAGUUUAGAAAGUUUCACUUUUCCGCACGCGUGUAACUUUUCCGUACGCGUGUUACUUUUCCGCACGCGGUUUUUACUUUUCCGCACUCGUGUUAAUUUAGAUAUGUUAAUAUUGCUUUAAAGUAAUUAUAAAACAUGCAAUAAACUAAUAUUUAGA